AUGGUGUUAUUGUGUCUCCAAAAUUCUGUAAUUGAUGAAUUUGUUACAUGUUCUGAGAUCAGAUCAGGACUUGUUCAGAAUUUGGUUUGUGUUGUACAGAAAGUGGAUAAAGUUUACAUUGACAAGAGUAAAACCUUGAUCAAAAGUAAGUUUUGUUAUUAAUGGUUUGCCUUUAGCUUUACAAAUCAAGCACAUAAUAAUUUAACAUGGUUUUGUUAAACAUGCAUUAAAAAAUAAAUUCAAAAUAGAGUAAUAUGAUACUUCAUUGAUAUAUUCUCUCGUUUUAGUUGUAAUUCAUGUUAUUGACGACACAAAUCCCUUCCAACCUAUAAAAUGUAGUAUUUGGACACCAUGGAGAUCAAUUUCUGGAGAAUUGGAUUGUGGAACUGUUGUUCAUCUUCGUCAUUUCGAAGUAGAACGAAUGAAUGAUCACCUUGAGUUAAAAGGAUAUUGUGGUUUACAGAAUGUUUCGGUCUAUGGGUUUAACAACUACGGCAAAGAUAUCGAUUACACUUUCUGGGCAUGUAAACCGGACAAUGAUAAAGAUGUAUAUACUGUUCAUUUUAUGGAUAAAGUAAGAUCUUUCUUUGAUUUUUAUAGUUUAGGGAUUGAAAUUGAGUAUAAUAUGCUUGUGGUCAUGUUUUUAAAAGAAGUGCAUACAACUGGAAACAUUUUACGUUAAGGCGUUGAUGGAUUGCUGAAUUCAAAAGUUUGUUUGUUAUUAGGCUAUCUUUUCGUUUUACGAUGUUGCUUCAGUCUUUAUAUUGAUUUAUAUGUUUCAUAUUUUCAGUUGAGCAAAAUGCGUAAAUUGGUGUCAGCAGUUUUUGGAGAGAUGAUGAGGAUUCACCCUGACAUAGAAACACCAAGAAAAGUCACAUCCGAAGAGUUUGAUUCAAUAUUUCAAGAUGAAGGUUUAGAAUUUGGCAAUUCCCCUUUUGGAGAAGACACAUCUUUCACAGAACCCAGCCCAAGCACCUCUCAGAAUCAUGAUGAGCCAGGAAUGAAAAUAUUUUUAGACUGGGAGCAGGAAAAGUCAGAUCCAUCAAAGUUGAACCUUCAAAGUUUGUGUGUCAGUUUACGUAAAAUUCGAAGUAAACUGGGAGGUCGGGUGCCUGCAGCAGUAGAUCGUGAUCCAUUUGAACUGUUGAAACCAACAAUUAAAAAAGGGAUCGAAGUAAAAAAAUUGGACAUAUGUGAGCCGGGUGGAGAAUGUUGUAUAAACGCUCAGGUAAGAAUAUAUUAAAAAUUGCGAUAACUUUUCUGAAUUUUUAAUUACUGUACUUGUUUUGAAAAAUAACGUGUUUCAGAAUUGUUAAGGUAUAAAAUUGGAGAUCCGUAUAUAAUAUAUAUAUAUAGUAUCGAAAAAUGGAAUGUUUGCUAAAAGUGUUUUAGAUUAUUGGAUAUGAGUUUCUUGUAAAUGGAGAUGCUGUUCUACGAGUUUGGGAUGGAUCAAGGCCUAUUUUGUAAGCACUAUUACUAAAAUACAAAGUCGAUUCUUCUUAUUUUUUUUAUUUUUUAAUUUUUGAAAAAAUUUUUAUUUUCUUUGAAUUUUAGGCCUCGAUCUGACAUCAGUUACCCAUUCUCUAUGAACAUUGACACUUUUGACAAAAAACUGAACACAAAAGCUCCCAAUUAUUAUAUUGACAUUUAUGUGGACAAAAGCCAUAAGGAUGUAUUAGAAAUGUUCAAACCAGGAGAAUACGCAGUGUUUCGGCAUCUGAAAACGGUACCAUACGAUCAUUUGGCACAUUGUCGGCUUGAUUGUGAUGGUGUGAUUAUGUGGAUUCAGUCUCACAAUCGGCUGUUUGAUGUUUUGAAGAUGUAAGUUUUUAAAUUAUUUUAAAAAUUGAUGAAAAUUUUAGUUUUUAAAGAAAAUGAUAGUACACACUGCGGUAGAUUAGUAGCACAAGUUAAUUAGCAAUCGGAGCUUUAAAAUCCUUUUUAGGCAGUUGCACAACGCUUUUCCAUAUGACUAA